AACUACAGUGAAGGGGGAAAAAAUCAGGAGCAGAAGUUUUUCACCCGAGGAUGUCCGGAGUGGAGCCGCUCGGUUAGUGUGUGUGUGUGUGUGUUCGGGUUUAUCUGGAGGAACAUUACACAAGUUUGGUGGAACUUUAGAGGAAGAACAAGGUGUUUGUUUUGAAUUCGGAACUUUUGUCGAGGAGCGAAAGAAAGACAGACAGAAGUAAAGUGAGUGUUUUGGAGGCAGUUGUGGGAAAAUGUCGGCUUCGGCGCAGCCGCUCGGCGCUGUGAAAUCCGCGGCCCUUCUGCUUGUUUUCACCGCAGCUGAGCUCCUCCACGGGAACAUGGAGAGUUCAGAGCCGUGUCCGAGUCCGUGCUCCUGCAGCGGCGCUUUACUGGACUGUAGCCGAAUCACAAAGAGGUCCAGACUUCAGAGACUCCCCUCCUGGAUCACCCGAGUGGACCUGAGCCAUAACAAAUUACGGACAUUUCCUGAAGCCCUCUUUUUCCAACUGCACCACCUAACUGAAAUAAAGCUGGAUAACAACGAAUUGGAGAUGAUGCCCGAUUUCGGCCCUUAUUCGAGCAAUAUCAGCACCCUUAUUCUAGCGAAUAACAAGAUCUCAAGCAUAUCACCAGAGCAGCUCAGACUGUUGUCUGCCCUGGAGACCCUGGACCUCAGCAAUAACAACUUGGUGGACGUGAAGGGAUUCCCUUUUCUCCCUCUGAAAAACCUGUACAUGAACAACAACCGCAUCUCUGUGUUGGAGCCGGAAUGCUUUAAAAAUCUGUCCGACACCCUGCUGGUGUUGAGACUGAACCGGAACCGUCUGAACUCCAUCCCUGCCAAGACCUUCCAGCUUGACAACCUCCAACACCUGGAUCUGAGCAGGAAUCGGCUGCGACGAAUCAAAAGCUUGACCUUCAACGGCCUUCAGACACUUCGGUCUUUAAACAUGCAGAGGAACGGAAUCGUACGGCUGCUGGACGGAGCGUUUUGGGGCCUCAGCAAAGUGGAAAUCUUGCAGAUGGAGUACAAUAAUCUGACCGACGUGAGUAAGGGUUGGCUGUACGGUUUGUCGUCCCUGCAGCAGCUCCAUCUGGCUCACAACGCCAUCAAUCGCAUCAAAGCUGACCCCUGGGAGCCGUGUCAGAAACUCGCUGAGCUUGACCUCAGCUCUAAUCAGCUGGUGCGCCUGGAGGAGGGCAGCUUCAUACGCCUGAGUGAGCUCAAGCAACUCUCAAUUGGUUACAACCAGGUCAGCUUCAUCGCUGACGGAGCCUUCAGAGACCUCACCCGUCUGUACACGCUUGAUCUGAAAUAUAAUGAGAUUUCCUGGACUAUUGAGGACAUGAAUGGACCCUUUUCUGCACUGAACAGUCUUCGAAAUUUAUUUCUUCAAGGGAAUCAGAUUCGAUCAGUCACGAAGAAGUCUUUUACAGGACUGGACUUGCUGGAGCGCCUUGAUCUCAGCAACAAUGCCAUCAUGUCAAUUCAAGGAAAUUCCUUCUCCCAGAUGAAAAAACUCGAAGAGCUGCACUUGAACACGUCAAGUCUGCUCUGUGAUUGUCAGCUGAAGUGGUUCCCGCUGUGGGUGGCAGAGAACGCCUUUCUCUCCUUGGGCAACGCCAGCUGUGCCCAUCCACAGCCACUGAAGGCCAAGAGUGUCUUUGCAGUCAGCCAGGAUGACUUUGUGUGUGCUGAUUUCCCCAAACCUCAAAUCACGGUGCAGCCUGAGACGCAGUCAGCCAUCAAAGGCACCAACGUGACCUUCGUAUGCUCGGCAGCCAGCUCCAGUGACUCGCCCAUGACCUUCGCCUGGAAGAAGGACAACGAGGUGCUAAACAAUGCGGAGAUUCACAACCAGGCUCAUCUCCGAGCACAAGCGGGUGAUGGGAGCCAGGUUACGGAGUACACGACCACACUGCAGCUGCGCCAUGUGGAAUCUUCCAGUGAGGGCAAAUACCAGUGCGUCAUCUCCAACCACUUCGGCUCCACCUAUUCCACCAAGGCCAAGCUUACGGUCCACAUGCUGCCAUCGUUUACCAAAAUCCCUAUGGAUCUGACGGUCCGUGUGGGAGCCACAGCCCGGCUAGAGUGUGCUGCAACCGGCCAUCCAACUCCUCAGAUAGCCUGGCAGAAAGACGGUGGCACUGACUUCCCAGCUGCAAGAGAACGACGGAUGCACGUUAUGCCCAGCGAUGCUGUGUUCUUCAUAGUGAAAGUGAAAACAGAAGAUAUCGGCGUGUACAGCUGCACUGCCCAGAACACAGCCGGAGUUAUAUCUGCUAAUGCCACAUUAACUGUACUAGAAAUGCCCUCUUUCCUGCGGCCACUGACAGACCGCACUGUAGCUCGAGGUGAGACCGCCGUGCUGCAGUGCAUCGCAGGUGGAAGUCCUGCACCUCGAUUAAAUUGGACCAAGGAUGACGGGCCACUCUCCUUGACCGAGCGCCACUUUUUUGCUGCUGGAAACCAGCUCCUGAUCAUCGUGGAUGCCGCAGAAGCUGAUGCCGGCACUUACACCUGUGAGAUGUCUAACCCGCUGGGCACAGAGAGGGGAAAUGUGCGCCUGGCUGUCUUGCCAAACCCUAAUUGUGAGUCAAAUCAAGCAGGCACGGGGGCACUGGGCUCAGCCGGCAGCGGAUCAGAGGAGGAUGGCUGGACCACAGUGGGCAUAGUCAUAAUCGCUGUAGUGUGCUGUGUGGUGGGCACGUCACUGGUCUGGGUGGUGAUCAUCUACCACACACGGAGACGCAACGAGGACUGCAGCGUCACCAACACUGAUGAGACCAACCUGCCAUCGGACAUUCCUAGCUACCUGUCCUCUCAGGGAACCCUGGCAGAGCGCCAGGACGGCUACGUGCCCUCUGAAAGCGGGAGCAAUUACCAGUACGUGAGCUCUUCCAUGGGAGGAUUCUACCUGCAGCCAAAGGACAUGAAAGGUGUUUGUCAGCUCGACACAGGAAGUGAAACGGACAUGGAGGCGGCCAUUGACCCUCUACUUUGCCAUUUCCAAGGACCAAUCGGCACACUGCUGAGGAGAGGCAACCUGUAUGGCCCAGAGCCCACAGACACGUAUACAGGUGAGACAUGCUGUACUACGGAUCAGAGGCUUAUGUGCAGAGAUUCGUACAGCCCAUCGCUCCCCAGCUUAAAGAAGAGAGAGUAUUACACAUACACUCCCUCGCUGUCCUCAGACCCCUUUGACCAUGUGAGCCCCGGGGUGCUGGUACAGCGAGAGGGCGGAGAAUGUGUCCAGUCACAACUGCCUUCCGCUUCCUACAUGGGUACCUUUGGUAAAGCACCAUGGAGGUCUCAGCAGGAGCUGUACCCCAGCCUCUGCAAUUCAGUCUCUCACAAAGGAGUGACACUUCAUGAAAACCUCUACACACCCCUCGAUUAUGACUCCGGGCAUGACGAGGACCUCUCGGCUCAUUCGCAUUCCCAGAAUCUGAAGGUGGACCCAGAGAGCAGCGUGUACGAUCUGCCGUUCGACAGCAGCAGGACAGGGGAGAGUUGCCUGAGCUCUCAAGCCAGUUCAUAGCACCGCAGGCAGAGAAACAAAAAGAGACUGUACACUCCGUUUAUUUAAAGAGGAGGACCAAAAAAAAAAAAUUCUACCUCAGCUUGGACACUUCUUGUGCGUGCUGGUUUUGAAUGUAAAAGGGAAAAAAUGAGGAAUCCUUCCAAAAGAUUGAAACUUUUUUUUUUUAAGUAUAUCCAUUGUUACUUUUGUACAAAAACAGAUAUCAAAAGUAUAUAUAAAAAUAUAUACAUUUUAUAAAAGUUAAUUUUAUUUUGUAAAUUAAGUGUAAAUAGGAUCCAUUAUUUUUCAUACUUUUUUUUUUUGUUUGUUUUUUUAAAUUGGAAUGUUGUCAUAAACAGUUGAGAGUCAAAAAAAAAUCAAAACAAACCUAAGGGAAUAGUAAUGGCUGGUCCACCUCUUACACAAAGACUCCUUUGUGUUUCUGUGCAAUGUUUGCGAAUGACAGCACAACGUCUAUAUUUGGUCUUUUUUUUUCUUUUUUUUUUUAGUAAUAAUAGGGCUAGUGGCAUUUUAGGAGUUUUCUGUUCCAUAUGAUGUUGUUUUUUUUGUUUUUUGGUUUUUUUUUUAGGAUGUAUGUAUUCCAACAAACUAAUACAAUGUUUGAACCAUUUCUGUUUGUGAGUCUGUUUAGUUAUCCAUGCAUAUGCUUUUUUUGUUACAAGUAAAGCACCCUUUUGCACAUAUCACUCUUUGAAUAAAAUGUGCUGCUACACAGUCAACAA